AUGCAGACAGACGAAAAGAAACUCAAUUCUACUAUGACUAAUUUGGACAUAAAUGGAUGGUCUGUAUUAUUUAAUGCACCUAAUAGUAUUGCUUGGAUUCGUAUUAUACUUUUAUUUAUCAGUCUUCGAUAUUUUGGUAAACAAAGAUAUGUAUUAUUUGUUAUUUAUCAUACAAUAUCUGGUUUUCUCGAUUCAUUUGAUGGUAUAUUAGCACGUACGUUUCAUCAACAAUCAAUGGUUGGACAAUUUUUUGAACUUAUAUUAGAUCAAUAUGCUCAUUUUAUAAUGUAUUCAUGUAUUGGAUAUCUCUAUUCAUCAUAUAUAGUGUAUUUUUAUUUCGAAAUUGCAUUAGAAUUAUGGAGUUCAACUUUUCAUUUGUAUAUAACUUCAUUAGCAAAAUCUGAUCAACCAUGGUUACAUAAAACGACAUUUUUAUCAACAACAUGUUCAUUAACUAUUUAUAGUCAUCCAGAACUUCGUUUAUUAAAUUGGUAUGGACCAGAUGUAUUUCAUACGUUAUUAGUUAUACGUUUUAUUCUCAUAAAUGAUUAUGAAAGAAAAUUAACUUCAAAAUUGCAACGUUAUAUUUCAAUGAAGAAAGUUUAUUUAAUUAUUCAAUAUGGAAUUUAUUUUACUGGAUUUUUUGCACUUUUACGUACUCUUGUAACUUCUUGUUUUAUGUUAAAUAAUUUUUAUAAGAUAGCUGGAGCAACAUAG